AUGAGCCCUCCCACGCCGGCAGAAGAGCUGCCUGCUCCUCUGGCUCCGCUCACACCGGCAGACGAGCCGCCUGCUCUUUUGGCCCCGCCCAUGCUGGCAGACGAGCCGCCUGCUCUUUUGGGUCCGCCCACGCCGGCAGACGAGCCGCCUGCUCCUCUGGCUCUCCCCACGCUGGCAGACGCGAUGUUUUACCUCCUUUCAAGCUCCCUCAUACCCAACCCUGUCAUCUGGGUCGUCUUGGAUCUGUCCCUUGAGGGGGAACUAUGUGUAGCUGGGGAGUCACAGCUACGUCUAACUCCAGUGGAUCUGCCCCAGUCGCCGCCAUCCACCCCGGUGGGACAACAGUCGCCGCCAUCCACCCCGGGGGGGCCUGUGGACGACAUCAAUCCCGGCUCCGCCCACGGCUUUGCCAACGUCUCCAGCAUCGUCGCCUCUGCGACCUCCAUUUGGCAUGACGCCACGGUUGCGGCCAUUCCAUGGGCGACCGCCUUGCCAAUUGCGGCGGCGUUCAACUCGUCGUCGUAA